AUACGUUCAGUUCGACUUUCGACGCGCUGCCAGAAACAUCGUGAGCACCGCUUAACCCAAAAAAAAUACAUUUAUAUUCCCGACCGAUCCCACGAAAACUGACGCAAUGAGCGCCGUUGAUGCCAUAAUCAAUUACAAGCGCAGUCCCAACGAGGACUUCUACGGUCUGCUCCACUGCGAUGAGAACUCAUCGCCCGAGCAGAUACAGGCCGAGUACAAAGUGCUGGCCCUCCAAUACCAUCCCGACAAGAAUUCCGGCGACAAGGAGGCGGAGGCCAAGUUCCAACAGCUAAAGGAGGCCAAGGAGACAUUGUGUGACCCUGAAAAGAGGGCCGUAUACGACAAGUGGCGCAACAGCGGCAUCUCGAUGAGCUACAAGCAGUGGCUAGGCAUGAAGGAGCAUGUCGGUCAGGUGAGAAGAUACACGAUUGCCGAGAAAGUGGAUAAAGAGUCCAUGCACUGGGUCACUCCCAAGACCAAGGAUCGCAUGCUGCCGGAGGCUGGAGGAGCAGCUGCCCAAGGACCCGGAUCCGGAGCAGGAUGCAGCAGCGGUGGCCUGACCGCAGCCUCGCCCAAUCCCGCCCACCGGCGGGCCUCGGAGGGCGGGGCGGCCCUUUAUUACGGUAGUCGCAAGGCCGAAUGGGGCGGCGAAAACACCGAUGUGGCCAACAAGUUCCGCAACUACGAGAUCUAAGGGGAAAGUUGGGCGACCAGAGAUAAAAGUUUCAAUUUAAAAACAAAACAUUUACACAACCAUAUACCAAGUCGAACCGAAGAUGGCGCAGAAGAAAUAUAGAGUACCUAUCGAAAAGGAUACUCUCAAAAGUUAUGCAAUUAUAUCAAAAUAUUCUGAGAGGGAAACAAUUUUAUUAUUGAUGUGAAAGUUAAACGUUGCGAACUACAGAGGACAGAUACUCUUAUAUAGAUGUUUUUAGGUGUACAAAAAAAAAUAUGUCUAGAAAAAUGGUAAUUAACUAACGUACAUUUAAGAGAAAGAAACUGUAAUUUCAAUAAACUCCCCCGAUGAAAUACCCAGGCGGAGCGGCAAGAAUUUUAUGUUAAAGUAACUUAGUCAAAUUUUAACGCAGUCAUGCAUAUGAGAAUAUACACACCAUAUUCUAUAUAUUUAUGUAAUCAGUGUAUUUGUAUAUCGAUGUUUCAAAGUACCAUGAAUGUACCCCCAAGACAAUCCCUUGGCAGCAAACAAAACUAAGCUAAAGCUGUAACUAAAACUACACUAUAACUAUACUAGUGACAGUCUAGCAAAUCACCCACCACAAGCCAGAGAAAAAACAUAUUGAAAGACAUAAUAAAGCGAAUUUAAACCUUUAUACACAUGACACAUUUGCAUAGUCAAAAAAACUUUCACUCGGUGUCCUUUUAAAAUGCAGCAUUGCGAAAAAAUCUCCAAACUGAACUAUUUUACUUACAUAAAAAACAAUUUUCGCAGAAAAUUUACAAAAAAAAAAAGACAAAAUAUCAAAAGAAAAUCAAAAAAAGAAGAGAAAUUUAUAUAAAUGUUUUGAUGGAUAGAGCGGUGAACUUUUCAAACUUAUACAUAUAGCAGAGAAUUAUUGUCAUUAUUAUUGUACUAUUAUGCGCAGAGCAGAGAAAUUAAAUACUACAUAAAUGUUGUUGCUGGAUUUAAAUGCAUUACUUAUACAACUACAUAUGAAUGUUUGUUUUAAGACAUACUCUAUGAAUUUAUUCAAAUACACACAUAUUGCGGAUAGAGCAGACCAGACCCAGAUCAGAUCAGAACAGAUAGGAACAGCUGCAAGCCAAAGGCAUGACCCCUUGUGACCCCUGACCUUUUAGAAUGGGCGGGGCUAGCGGGGCUCCAGCUAGUACUAGCAAGUACACAAUUAAUUAGUGUUGGUUCUAACUUAGCUGGCGAAUGUUACAAGCAGCGAGAGAACAGAUCACAAAUAAAGCAACUUUUUGAACGGGGUCUCCACUCCUGGCGGAACCUCAGGUA